AUGCCUCCCGCCAGCAAGAGGAAGAAGCAUGUGGUCGAGUCGGACUCGGACGGGUCGGACGUAGAGGUGGAACACGUCGAGCGGAACGACAGGAUCCUCCAGAAGGUCGACCCGGAGUACCUUAACAAGCCGAUUGACUUGCAGCAAGGCAGCGCGAAGAUCAAGCUCAUCAUUAGCAGCCUUACCGCGCUCGCGAAGGACUUGAUGACCGGCGAGGAGACGGUGCUGAACACGGCGAGCGAGAUGGCCGAGUUGCUGAACGAGGACUACAAGGACGAGGACAUGAACGAGGAAAAGUGGCUGAAGGCGCUGCUCGAGAACGAGAUCAUGUCACAACUCGAAGAAGACUUCCGAGCCUUGAUUGACCGACAAGCUGAGCUCAAGAUUCGCGCGAAGACGCUUGGCGAACUUCGCGAUCGCGUACACCAAGGCCACCCAGUCGCCGACGUCGCCAAGCUCUUCGAGCAGAGGGCCGCCGAGCCGCUCUCGCAAUACCGUGCGAAGACUGUCCGCCAGCGCUUCAUCGACAACGAGCGAUACGUCGAGUACCGCCAUCUUGUCUGGGAGAGCUUCACGAACGGUUCGGCUGUCCCGCCCGUCAAGAAGUUUCUGCCUCGAGAGGACAAUGACGAGCAGUCGGACGACGAGGACAUUGAGCUUGGCGCCGAGACGACCACCUACCGCUGCCCGAUCACGCUUACAGUCCUCGAAGACCCGUACACCUCAACCGUCUGUCCACACGCCUUCUCGGGCUACGCCAUCAAGGAGCUCCUCCAGCAGGGUCAUGGCAUUACCGACUGCCCCGAAACCGGUUGCAGCAAGCGCCUCACGGCGUCCACUAUCAAGCCCGACGAAGGACUCGCCCGCCGCGUCGCGGCGUACAAGAGGCGUGUCAAGGAGGGCAGGACGCAGACGGGUACGCAGGCUAAGACGUAUCAGAGGAUGGAUCUUUCGGACGAGGACGACGAGGACGAGGAGGACGAGCCAAUGGAGGGCCCCGCGCUUAAGAAGAAGAUCAAGCAGCAGGCGGCCGAGUGA